AAUGAUAUUCAAUCAUCAUUCCUCACAAUUCACAGUAACUUUCUGAGACUCCAACUUUUAGAUUACCCAACCAAAUUCAUCAAGAGCACAGCCAAACAGCCCCAACCCAAAAAAAAAAUCCUUUUCCAAUUCCAAAUCCCGAAUAUCUCAAUUCUCAAAUUCCCCCACCUUAGCUUGGAAUCCAAUUCCCAUUGAAAAAAGAAAACCAAGAAAAACAUCAAAUUCCGAAUCCACAGAGAAGAAAUUCUCUCUCUCUCUCUCAGUUGAUGGGCACAAUCGUAAACCACAGAGACUUCCGUCCGAAACCGUCGACGACGUCGUCUGUGUCCCAACCGCCGCCAUCUCCGUCAACCUCUUCGUCGUCAUCAACCUCGCGAACCGACACAGUAGUUGGGACCCACGAGUUCAAGAUCAAUGGGUACUCCUUAGCGAAAGGCAUGGGGGUCGGAAAGUUCGUCGCUUCCGAUACCUUUGCCGUCGGCGGCUACGCCUGGGCCGUCUACUUCUACCCCGACGGCAAGAGCGGCGAGGAUAACGCCGCCUAUGUAUCGCUCUUCGUCGCGUUGGCGAGUGAGGGUACCGAUGUCAGGGCGCUCUUUGAGCUCACGCUUUUGGACCAGAGUGGCAGGGAUAAUCACAAGGUCCAUAGCCAUUUCAAUCGCAUGAUGGACGCUGGACCUUAUACACUCAAAUAUCGCGGAAGCAUGUGGGGUUAUAAACGCUUCUUCAAAAGAAGUCUUCUAGAGACGUCAGACUACCUCAAAGAUGAUUGUCUCAUAAUUCAUUGUUGUGUUGGUGUUGUUAAGACACAAACUGAGGGACCUAAGAUUUACUCUAUAGCAGUGCCACCUCCUGAUAUUGGUCAACAUUUUGGGAAGCUUUUAGAAAGUGGAAAAAACACUGAUGUGACUUUCGAAGUUGAAGGGGAGAUAUUUUCCGCCCACAAGUUGGUGCUUGCAGCACGCUCACCUGUAUUCAGGGCACAACUUUUUGGUCCAAUGAAGGAUCAAAACAGUCAGUGCAUUAAAGUUGAAGAGAUGACGGCUCCAGUUUUUAAGGUUUUACUUCAUUUUAUGUAUUGGGAUGCCCUACCAGACAUGCAAGAGCUUUUUGGUGGAAAUUUUAAAUGGGCCUUUACACUGAUGGCUCAACAUCUGCUGGCAGCAGCUGACCGAUAUGCCCUUGAGAGGCUCAGAUUGCUCUGUGAAGUUAAACUUUGUGAGAAUGUUGCCAUAAACACUGUUGCGACAACAUUGGCCUUGGCAGAUCAGCACCAUUGUUUCCAACUGAAAGACGUAUGUCUCAAAUUCAUUGCGCUGCCUGAAAACUUAAGAGCUGUGAUGCAAACAGAUGGGUUUAUAUAUUUGAAGGAAAGUUGCCCCUCUGUCCUCUCUGAAUUGCUGCAAUAUGUGGCCAGGAUCGGUGAGCAUUCUGUCAAGGUUCGUGCAUACCAUAAUGAGUUCUACCUGGAUAGUAGCGAUGUGAAUGGAAGGCGAGUGAAACCGAGGUUAUAUUGAUUUAGGAAUAACAGAUAGGACAUCCUUUUUCUACAAGAAUAAGAAUAGAUUUUGUUAGGAUCUAGACUUUUUGGAUUGUACUAACAAUUACUGAUUUUAAUGAGAAAGAAGAAAGAAAAAAAAAGUGAUGUUAGUGGUUCAUUUGGCCGUUGGCUAAUAUUGUGUAAUAUGAAACUCUGAGUAUUUGCUUCUACAUAUUUGUUGUGUGUGCGGUCACAGUGUGGUUGAGAAUGACUUUAUUUGUUCAAGCUUCA